AUGAAUAUCUACUAUCUAAACUCUAUCUAUGUAUCUAUCUAUGUUUCUCUCUUUCUCUAUCCAUCUAUCUCAGUUUGUUCAUAUCUAUCUGUCUAUCUAAGUCUGUUCAUUAUCUAUCUAUCUAUCUAUCUAUCUAUCUAUCUAUCUCAGCCUGUUCAAUCUAUUUCAGUCUGUUCAUAUCUAUGUAUCUCAGUCAAUUCAUAUCUAUCUCAUUCUGCUCAUAUCUAUCUAUCUAUCUAUCUAUCUCUCUUUCUCUCUGUCUUUAUCUAUCUCAUUCUUUUCAUAUCUAUUGAUCUAUGUUCCUCUCUUUCUCUAUCCAUCUAUCUAUAUCUCUCUCUUUAUCUAUCUAUCUCAGUCUGUUCAUAUCUAUCUAUCACAGCCGAUUCAAUCUAUCUCAGUCUAUUCAUAUCUAUGUAUCUUGGUCUGUUCAUAUCUAUCUAUAGCAUUUUGCUCAUAUCUAUCUAUGUCUCUUUCUUCCUUUCUGUCUUCAUCUAUCUAUCUCAAUAUGUUAAUAUCUAUCUAUCUAUGUCUCUCUAUUUCUCUGUCUUUAUCUAUCUCAUUUGUUUCAUAUCUAUCUCUCUAUGUCUCUCUCUCUCUUUAUCUAUCUUAUUCUUUUCAUAUUUAUGUGUCUCUCUUUCUCUUUGUGUUUAUCUAUCUAUCUAUCUAUCUAAUUUUUUCCAUAUCUGUCUCUCUUUCUCUCUGUCUUUAUCUAUCUAUCUAUUUAUAUAUCUAUCUGAUUCUUUCCAUAUCUAUCUAUGUGUUUCUCUUUCUCUCUGUCUUUAUUUAUCCAUCUAUCUAUCUAUCUAUCCUCAGACAAACAACCUUCUUAUAUGUCUGAUGAUCACAAAAGCAUGA